AUGAAAAACGGCGCAUUUACAUGGACUCUUAGCAGCGCUAUUUUUUACGCGAUAACACUUUUUACGACUAUUGGCUAUGGGACAAUUGCAUGUCGUACAACUACUGGCAAAACUCUAACAGUUCUAUAUUCGAUCAUUGGAAUACCGCUAAUGUUAGCUAUAUUACAAGACAUUGGUAAUAUCUUAUUACGGUAUUUAACUGCAGUAUACAAUGCAUAUCGUCGAUAUCUUUGGUGA